AGGAGCUCUGUUCCCACCCCUCAUCCCCAAAUGCUGGGAGGAGGAGAGAGGGAAGCAUCUGAGUGUCUGUCCAAGGAUCAAGAGACUGGAAUCCAAUCCCAGACUCCCCUCACAGGCUUACCUACCACUCUACAGUCCAGCCCCUGGAGGUGAGAGCUGGGGCAUUGGAGGGAAGGCAUUUAGCCCUCCCAGCUGGAAAAGCCUCAAAAACUGCAAGAAAAAGAACACAAGCCAGCAAUGACACUCGUAUAACCUCACUUACCACCGAAGCACAGAGCAUUUCCUGUGCCUUUUCCGUUAUUUCACAAGCUGCCCCUUCUCACUUACCACCCUGGGCUCCAGGACAGAAGGCUUCUUCUCCUCUCAGAAGCCAGACAGCUGGCUCCAGCCUCUCCUGGUCAACACCAUGACCAAGACCCCGAGUGACCAUCUGUUACACUCCCUGGAGGAGCUGUUGCCUUAUGACUUUGAGAAGUUCAAGUUCAAGCUGCAGAACACCAGCCUGGAGAAGGAGCACCCCCGGAUACCCAGGGGCCAGCUCCAGACAGCUAGGCAAGUGAAGCUGGCCAAUCUGCUGGUCUCUCACUAUGGGGAGAGAUGUGCUGUGCAGCUGACCCUGAAGGUCCUGAAGGCCAUCAACCAGCACCUUCUGGCAGAGGAGCUCCACAGGGCGAUUGGCCCAGAAUACCCAAUACAAGAAAAUGGCACCGACUGUUCAGCAAUGUCUUCUUUCUCUGGGGAGAAAAAGCCCAAGAGCCUGAGGAUACCAGGUGGCCCGGAAGGUGACAGGCAGCGGCAAAGUGGUUAUGGGGCAGCCAGCCUAUCAGGCAGCCAGCCUGAGGCUGGGAGAGGGCCCCAGAAGAAGCCUCAGGGCAAACGGAGAGAUCAGAAGGUCUCUGAGGGCCUGGAUGUGCAGGGCAAGCCAGGAGCCAGGGGCGGGACUCUGUCUUCCAGAAGAAGUCCCUUCCCCAGCAAGCUGCAAGGGGAGAAAGUGUUGUCAAGUGUUGUCGUGCGCAGGAACGCCAGCUCUGCAGGAAGGCUCCAAGGACUCUCUGGUGGGUCAUUUGCUGGGUCCCCAGGAAGGAAGGAAUGCAAGAUAUCUGAAGCAAAUUUACCUUCAAAAAACAAGCGACCCAAAAGUCUUGAAUUUACCAUUACUUCAGGAGAAAGAGAAGCUCCCAAUCCAAAAACUCUUCUGCCUCAAGAGAAAAUGAGAAGUGAGACUCUGGACUCAGCAGCAAACCCCAGUGAAGUGGCCACUCUGGAUGCAGGGGAUACUGUGACUCCAGAGAAAGGCUCCGGAAAUCCAGAACAUUGUGUGAUCCUGGGUGGGGUGGCAUUCAGAAAUACAUCUUCCAAUGUAACAUUGGCUGGAGAGGAGACGACCUAUGAGCAUCCCGAAGCCACAGCACCUUCAGAGAAAAAGGGAAUUGAGGGUCCAGAGACCUCUGAGACCUUGGGGCAGGUGGUCGGCAGUGUGCUCCAUGAAUCUUCAAAUCCCAAAGUUCCUCCAUCUUCAGGAGAUUUUUUUACUGCCAUAGCCCCAGAGAUGCCGCAAGACGAAGCUGUGAGGCCCCUUUGCUGUGCCCAGAAAGGAGACCCGGUUGGUGGCACCUGUGUGCAUGAUUCCUGCAGCUGCUCCGGUGCUUAUAGGGAUCCCAAAGCCUCAGGUGGUUGCUCACCCAGCUGCCGCCAGCAUCAGGCCUCGAUCCCAAGGAAGAAUACUGGAGGCCACAAGCAGCAGGAGGGCCCAGAGAUGGCCAGCCUGAGCCCCAAGGCCUUGCCGCAAUGUGAGCGUCACAUGAAGCAGGUCCAGUUGCUCUUCUGCGAGGACCACAGGGAGCCUAUUUGCCUCAUCUGCAGCCUGAGUCAGGAGCAUCGAGGCCACCGGAUGCGCCCCAUCCAGGAGGCUGCCCUGGAAUACAAGGAACAAAUUCAGAAGCAGCUGGAGCAUCUGAAGCAGUUGAAAAAAUCUGGAGAAGAGCAGAGAUCUCAGGGGGAUAAGAACACCGCAAACUACCUGAAACAAACUGAAAUCCAGAAGCAGAGAGUCCGGUACCAGUUGGAGCAGUUGUGCCAGUUUCUGGAACAGCAAGAGCAGCUCUUUGUGGCCUGGCUGGAGGAGGUGGGCCAGACCAUUGGCCAGGUCAGGGAGACAUAUGUCACCCGAGUGUCCAGGGACAUCGCCCUUCUCGACGAGUUGAUUGAAGACCUGGAGGCCAAACAGUGCCAGUCAGAAUGGGAGCUUUUGCAGGACAUUGGAGUCACUCUGCACAGGGCCAAGUCAGUGACUAUCCCUGAGCCAUGGACCACCCCUCCAGAGGUGAAAGAAAAGUUCCACCUGCUCUACCAGAAAUCAGAGUUUGUGGAGAAGAGCAUGCAGCGCUUCUCAGAAACCCUGCGUUCAGAAAUGGAAACCUUCAAUGUUCCAGAAUUGGUUGCUGCUCAGGCACAUGCUGUUAAUGUGAUUUUGGAUGCAGAAACCGCCCAUCCCAACCUCAUUUUCUCUGAUGACCUGAAGAGUGUGAGACUUGGAAACAAGUGGGACAAUCUGCCUGACAGUCCCAGAAGAUUUGAUAACUGCAUCAUGGCCUUGGGCUCUCCGAACUUCCUCUCUGGCCGCCAUUACUGGGAAGUGGAGGUGGGAGACAAGACAGGGUGGGUCCUGGGCAUCUGCGAGGCAUCCACAAGCAAAAAGGGGAGCAUGACUUUGUCACCAGAGAGUGGCUACUGGGUGGUGAUGAUGAAGCGAAAUGACUACCAGGUGUGCACCUUUCCCCCGACCCGCCUGAAGAUGAGGGAGCCCCCCAGGCGUGUGGGCAUCUUCCUGGACUAUAACGCUAGAGACAUUUCCUUUUACAAUGUGACAGCCAAAUCCCACAUCUACACAUUCACUAGCUUCUCUUCUUCUGGGCCCCUUCAACCUAUCUUCAGCCCUGGGACACAUGAUGGAGGGAAGAACAUGGAUCCUCUCACCAUCUGUCCAGUGGGUUUACUGGGGCCUCACUGAAUGCACUAGGGAAAAAAAACCAAGCAUACUGGAUUGUUAUAAAAUAUUUUUGUACCUGAAUUAAUAAACUAUGGAUUUUAAAGGUAUUGGCUGGUCCUCACAAAUAAAUUGAUUAGAAAGUUUGAUGACAAACCCAUUUG